CAUUUCGCUAUCUGAGUGGUUUGAAUCCAUACAAUCUUUCCCCUCGAGACAACGAAAUUGGUUUCAAGACGGGAUUGCAUAACGCCCGCAUUUUCGAAAAGUCACGACAUUUGACUGGCUAUAUUCGCGCCGAUCUGACAAGUAUCUGGUUUUGUUUCCUGAAAAGUUAGUCAUCAACGACAUUGCACAUGAUAUCUGACAGUUUUCGUCACACGAUUGUUAAGUGACAUCUCGAGAAGAACUGCUCGAGGUAUAGAGCGUCCUUUGCUUAUCGAAUCUUACCAAAGAUUUGGUAAAUAUGAGGCAAUAGCUUUCGUUUUUCUGGUGUCCAUUUCGAACGCCGAUUGUUUGGAAUGUUUUCCCGCUUCUGUGCGUCAUUCUCCCGCCAAAUGUUACGGUAAACCAUGGAACUCCAUCUUGAGUAACUCUCUAAUGUCUCGUGGCAAACAUGAUUGCUCAUAAAAUCCUCUCGACAUUAUCCUUGGUUUUCGCUAGCUAUGGCAAAAUAAGUUACCUAUGUGGCGAAAUGAAUAGAUUGCGUUCAGCCUUGGGCGAAAAUUCCACAUAAAAAUCGAGAUCAACGAGCGUAUUUUAAUAUGGGAUGUGGUGUAUCGGUGGAAAAUGGAGAUGAUUUGAGCGUAGCAUUGGGAAAAUCGGAAAAAGCUAUACGUUCGGCGAUCUUAAUUCAGAAAUGGUUCAGACGAUAUCAGGCUCGCAUCGAAGCCCGACGAAGGUGUACUUGGAAGAUUUUCCAAAGCGUCGAAUAUGCUGGUGAACAAGAUCAGUUGAAGCUAUUCAACUUCUUUUAUGACAUGCUGAACCAUGUUGCUGAUGGUGAAAAUAAUGCUGUGGAUAUUUUACGCAAGGGUUCAGCAAGCAGUUCUACAUCCAUAGCAUCAAAGACAUCAGAGAAAUUAGAGAUGCUCACUGAUCCAUCAAAGAUAACAGUUGACGAAACUUACAGGGGACCUCAUGUUGCACUGCCACUUACACUUCUCACUGUUCACAAAAUCAUUGAACACUUUAAGUCUCGCAAGCUCCUUCAUGUUAAGUAUGUCCUCCUCAUUCUUCGAGAGACGAGGGAAAAGCUCAAGGUAUUACCAAACAUCUACAGGGCUUCCACAAGCAUCUCCAAACAGAUAACCAUAUGUGGUGACCUCCAUGGGAAACUGGAUGAUCUGUUUGUGAUUUUUCACAAGAAUGGUCUUCCUUCUGCUGAAAAUCCUUACAUCUUUAAUGGUGACCUUGUGGAUCGAGGUCCUUACUCCAUUGAAAUUGCCAUCAUUUUAUUUUCAUUUUUCCUGCUUUAUCCCACUGGUGUUUACAUUAAUCGUGGUAAUCAUGAGGAUCAUAUAAUGAAUCUCAGAUACGGAUUUGUCAAAGAAGUAAUGGACAAGUACAAGGAACAUUCUUCAAAAGUCAUGAGGUUGUUUGGAGAUAUCUUUGGGUGGCUUCCCUUAGCCACAGUGGUGAACAACAAAAUUCUUGUCACUCAUGGAGGAAUAUCUAAUAUUACAGAUUUGUCACGUAUUGAUAAAAUUGACCGUCACAAGUAUGUGUCAAUACUCAAGCCCCCGGGCAUGGACAAAACACAACCAGAUACUGUUGAUCUAAUGGAGUGGAGACAGGUGUUGGAUCUGCUGUGGAGUGACCCCAAACCCCUCCCUGGUUGUAAACCAAACACUUUUAGAGGAGGGGGCUGUUACUUUGGUCCAGACAUCACAGACCGCAUCCUCAAGAAACAUGAUUUGGAGCUUCUUGUGCGUUCUCAUGAAUGUAAAUUUGAAGGAUAUGAAUAUAUGCAUGGUGGAAAGGUCAUAACAAUAUUCUCAGCAUCAGAUUACUAUGAGCAGGGAAGCAACAGGGGUGCAUAUAUGAAGAUUGGACCUGAUAUGAAACCUUACUUUGUUCAGUAUCAAGCUUCCAAAGCUAAGAAGCAUCUCACCCUGAAACAAAGGAUUGGAAUAGUAGAAGAGUCUGCAAUACGAGAAUUAAAGGAAAGGCUUUAUGCCAACAAGAUAGCUUUAAUGGCUGCCUUUGAAGAAACAGACAAGGAAAAAACAGGAUAUUUGACUGCAACUCAGUGGGCAACUGCUGUGGAGAGUGUGUUGAAAUUAGACGUACCAUGGAACAUGUUGAGACAUCAGCUUGCCCAUGUUCUGCCAGAUGGAAAAGUGGAUUACCGUUCAUGCUUUGAUCAGUAUAUCAUUGAGACAGGACUACACAAGUUGAUUAUCAACUAAAAGCUGGUUAUGGUAGAAAAACUAAACCUUUGGUCUGAUGAAGGGGUAAUGCUGAAAACAUCAGCCUUCCAAAUACUCCACAGUGCUUAGUUCAUGGUCAUGCAUGGUUUUACGCUAAUAACCAUAGGACUGGUGUAGAACAUUUCAUGGGACUCUAAUAAGUUUGUGUUGGUUUUUUUAGCAGGCAAUACCAAUGCUUUCAAUUCAUUUGGUAAUUUGACAAUGGUUAAAAAUGUUGUUUCAAAAUCUUUAUGAAAGAUUGGCUCCUCUAUUAACAUAUAUUUUUUGUGGGGUGAUAGGUAAACCUCAGCAUUACAAAGGAUCAAACCACUUUUGAUUAAUUUAUGCCAAGCAUGACAGAGAAUUUAAAAGGAAAUUUUGAAAAAAAAUUUAAAAUAAUGAAUCAAUACACUUAACUGUAAUAAGAGGUUAAACUAACUGGCCAAGAUGUGCGUGCCAGUAUUGGAGUAGUUCACCAUUUAGAAAUGAGCUAACAUGCAUUGCAGCCUCUUCAAUUUCUUUUAUAAGCUAUGCAAGAGAAACAUGAACUGAGUGGGAGCUGCGGAAAGGCAUGGGGUGAUCUUAUACCCUGAUCCUACCAUGUAACUAUAACUGAAAUGUAGGACAAUGGCUUGGUCAUGGAAGGUUUGGGUACAAGAGUAAGUAUAGAGCUCAAGGGAGCAAAGCACAUUGAGAGCAGAGGAAAUAGAAAAUACUGCUCUGCAGGAUAUUGAUUAAUAAAUUAAUUCCAUUGCUGUAAUAGGUAAAUAAAUACAAUUGUUCCUAUACUUUUGGCUAGUUCCCUAAGAUCAAAUGUGCAUGGUCUAGCACUGGUUAAAAAGAGUUAUAACAGGAUUGAAAUAUUAAGUGUCUGAACAGAUUCAGAGAAAUAAACUUUUUCCAGGCACAAGU